UCACUUCCGGAUGUAAUUGUACAGUGCAAGAGAAAAAAAAAAUCUCGUAGCUGUGUAUUUAUUUAAUCCUGAUAGCAUCAUCUCUCUAAAAGACGUCAGUAUAUUUGAGUAAAACCAUCCAUGUCAAGACACAAAGAGGACUGUCGAAGUGUUGUGCUGCUUGUGCGUACAAAUCGGACCACAGCAGCCUUUCUGACAACGUACCGUGAAUUGAUCCAUCGGGCUCAGUGACUGUACUGUAAGACCUUGGCACCACUGUGUGCCAGUCUGAUCCAAGACCCGGGGACUUUAGAAUACAGAAGAUGAAUGGUCUGUCCAUACGAGAGCUAUGCUGCCUGUUCUGCUGCCCUCCUUGCCCCAGUCGCAUAGCAGCCAAAUUAGCUUUCCUCCCCCCAGAGCCCACAUACGCCCUCCUCCCUGACCCAGAUCCCGCGUCUGGAGCUGGAACUGCAUCGGGUUCCACUACCGGAAGCACCCUCCCUUCUUUGGGAGCUCCCGGACUACGGUCGCGGUUGGGUGCCGGUAGCGGUGGGGACAGAGGAGGUGGUGGAGGCACCAGCACUGGAGGAGGCGGUAGUUCUGGGGUUGGGAGUGGAUGUGAGAGCAGGUGGAAGCUGCAUCUCACGGAGAGAGCAGAAUUUCAGUAUUCCCAGAGAGAGCUGGAUGUGACCGACGUGUUCCUGACCAGGUCUACCCGAGGGAACAAGGUUGGGUGCAUGUACAUACGCUGUGCCCCUAAUGCUAGGUUCACCGUGUUGUUUUCACAUGGCAACGCAGUCGACCUGGGUCAGAUGAGCAGCUUCUACAUCGGCUUGGGCACCCGCAUCAACUGCAAUAUAUUCUCUUACGAUUACUCAGGCUACGGGGUCAGUACUGGCAAGCCUUCAGAGAAGAACCUUUACGCUGACAUAGAUGCCGCCUGGCAUGCCUUGCGCUCUCGGUACGGCAUCAGCCCUGAGAACAUCAUCUUAUACGGGCAAAGCAUCGGCACAGUGCCCACAGUGGACCUGGCGUCACGCUUCGAGUGUGCUGCCGUCGUGCUUCAUUCUCCUCUCACCUCCGGCAUGAGGGUGGCCUUCCCCGACACGAAGAAGACGUACUGCUUCGACGCCUUCCCCAACAUCGAGAAGGUGUCAAAGAUCCCGUCUCCAGUGCUCAUCAUCCACGGUACCGAGGACGAGGUGAUCGACUUCUCCCACGGCCUGGCCCUGUUUGAGCGCUGCCCAAAGGCCGUGGAGCCCCUCUGGGUGGAGGGCGCCGGUCACAACGACAUUGAGCUUUACAGUCAGUACCUCGAGAGGCUACGGCGCUUCAUCAACCAGGACCUGGCUGCACAGCACGCCUAAGAAUGGAACAACAGUCUCUCUUGCAGCUGCCAGGGGGUGUGUAUGUGUGUGUGUGUGAAUGUUUGAGAAAAGUGUGACUCAGACACACACCAUCUGUGUGUCUUUUAAACAACUUGUUACUUUUUAAAACGAUUGCAUUCAAAUAACAGUCUGUGCAAGAUUUGAGCAUUUAAAAAAAAAAAAAAUGUCAUUGUGUAUUUAUCUGUUGUGUAGUGUUUUGGUAAUGUGGGGGGGGGGGGGAGUUCUACUGAGCUUCACAUUUCAAGUAAAAACAAUUGAAAGCUUUCUUCUAACAAAAAAAAAAGUAACAACUCUGUGUUUUGUUCCAAAAGGCACACAGAUGUCAUUGAAAAGUGAAUGAAUGAUUGUGCUCCAGGAUGUAAAAUCUUGGCUUAAUAUUCAUAUCACGAAUGUGUGAGAGGAAAAAAAAAUGAAGGACAACCUUGUGACUUGGCUAGUAGCGAGUGAGGGAGAUUUCUAGUGACUUAUCAAUAUGUUUUGUUUUGGGUGUGUGUGUGUAUAUGUAUGAAGAAUACCUCCACAGUUUGACCAGCUUUUUAGUGGACUACAACACUGGUCAGACCUCAACUCAUCUGUCAGUGGACAUCCAACGGACUGCCAGCUAAUAACUCCCUUGAGAUUUCAUUUUGUCCUCCCACCACCACUACAAACUCCACUGUACAAAAACGAAACAAACUGGCCAUGUCGGCCAUGUUUCCUGGCAGUACCGUAGCUUUUGCCUUUUUACUCCUCGCUGCUCCUCCUGACAGGGAUUCGUAAUUUCUCCCUGUGUUGCUUUUCUCCCACAAGCAAACGAGUUGGCUGGAGUGUUUGUGAAGUUGCGCGCGUGGAUGUUUUCGCAGCCCUUCAUGUUUGUUUGCAAACAGUCAAAGGGGAGACAAGUUAACAUGGAUUGUGGACGGGAGCCACUAAAGGUGAACCUCGUGUCAUCGAGCGUUAAAACUCAAGAACUCAUCAUGCGCUUCAUGACAUGUUCAAACUCAGGACGACAGCGGAACCUCCAAAGUUGAACAGAAUCGUCAUUUCACAUUUGAGCCCAACUUCAAUUUUCACAUGACUUUGGAGGUUCCACUGUGUUGGUGUCUGGGUCUACCCGUGUGAUUUUCAAAUGCCCUUGAGCCCGUCGACUCAUGGGGCCCACUACUUCCUGUCUGACCCAACCCAUGCAUUACCUUCUUACUUUGUGUGGUGCAGGUUCCACCACACACACACACGCACGCACACCUCUGCACAUCCAACACUCAUGAACUGUACGACAGUAUAUGUACACAUAUGUGUCAGAUUAAGCAUGAAAAAAGCAGGUCUUAAGUUCAGCACUAUUGUAACAAGGGUAUAAUGAUGUAAAGUUUGUGUGUUCUUGUUGUCUUCAGUUGGCCAGGCUUCCUUUAGGAGAACCUGUAGGACCAGUUAGUACACCCGAAUGAGUUCACGUGAGACAAGAGUGUCGUUUUGUUUUGUUUUCUUCUUUCGGACUUGUCACGCCGCUGCUCGGAUCGCUCAUCCUUUCAAACAGGGUUGUCGUCGUCUUUUGCAUCGCGUGCGUGUUGUUGAAAUCACGGAGAUCUGUUACCACCUUAACCCAGGGAUCCGCCACAUGUGUUCAAAGACAUUUUUUUUUCUCUUUAGAAGAUAAGAGUCGUGUUUUCAGGGAUCCAUCUCGCAUGGGUUAUGGGGUGUAAAUGUAACCGUUUUUUUCGAUGCGCCACUAGGGUUGAUGUUUAUUGUUUCCCGCGCCCCGAACAUUUAUUGGAGGGUGGAGGAAUCGAACAGUGCAAACUGUAUGCAUGUCUAUUGUGUUUUGCAGAGCAAGUGAUGAUGGGGUGGGAUGUUCUAUCUCAGGGGUGUCAAACUCCAGUCCUCGGGCGGGGGGGCCGCAUUCCAACAUGUUUUCCCAAGAUGAAGUGGACCUGUGUGAAAAGUUAGGCUCCCGCAGAACGUGAAAAUGAACUGAACUUUUCACGCAGGUGUGUUUAACGAGGGUAAACAUAUUGGAACGCGGCCCCCCCGAGGACUGGAGGUCCGCACCCCUGUUCUAUCUACUAUGUAUUCUACAGUAUAUGAGGGUAAAACUAAAUGGCAUUGGGUCUUUGAAGCGCUUUAAAAGGAAGAGAAAAAAAAAAGGACAUGUAUUUGAAUUUUUUAUUGCUGAUUCCAACUAAUGAAUUCUAAGUUUUGUCCUGGGGUCAAGCAGUAGGUGGGUGGGUGGGGGCUACUUGAACAAUACUAGUGGACUGUUUAUACUGUAACGUUACUGUACUUACCUAUUCUAUUCUUUGUAUUAUGAUUUGUAAUUUUAUGUUGCUUUUUGAACUGAGACUAUGAUGUAAUGGAAUCAAUACAUGGGACUGAAUCUUGACCUUUUUAUGGAUAACAAAAUAAAAGAUCACUUAUGUACAAAGAAAGAAAAACUUUACAAA